AUGAUAUUUCGACGUCACACCAAAGCACUAGCGGUUGCUCUGCUGGCAGGCACUGCGUCAGCCAUCGAAUUGAAUAUCAACGACGAGCAAUCUAUCAAAAAUGCCGCCGCGACUGCUGCGUACAACACUUGGUCUGAAUACACGACCAACCAGACCGGACAACCCCCCGGCGCGAUCCGUACCGACUGGGCAAUGGGAGGUGCCCUGUUCGACACUAUGAUCCGAUAUUGGUACUACAGCGGUGACGCCUCCAACAAUGCGGCCAUCAGCGAGGGAAUGUAUUGGCAGCUAGGCGAGAACAAUGAUUAUAUGCCCGCCAACUGGAGCUCAUACCUAGGAAACGAUGAUCAAUCAAUCUGGUCGCUUGCGGCCAUGACUGCCGCGGAGCUAGGAUACCCUGAGAGGUCAUCUAUGCCCUCGUGGGUUACGAUCGCAGAGAAUGUCUUUAAUGAUCAGAUUGCCCGCUGGGAUACAAAAACGUGUUCGGGUGGCUUGCGCUGGCAGAUCUGGACUUAUGAGUCGGGCUACAACAUCAAAUCCACCUUGGCAAAUGGCCUUUUGUUCGAGCUUUCCGCUCGCUUGGCUCGGUACACCAACAAUCAAACAUACUCUGAUUGGGCGGACAAGAUCUGGACAUGGAGCACUGAUACCCUCAUCAGUGAUGAGUGGUCCGUUUCCAAUGAUGUUGACGUUGAGGAUGACUGCGGAACCGCGGGCAACACCCAGUGGAGCUUCAACUACGGCCCAUAUAUCGCUGGUACUGCAUAUAUGUACAACUUGACCAACGGCAAAUCUGAAUGGAAGACAAACCUAGAUGGCCUUCUGAAGCGUACCACCGCCACCUUCUUUCCCUCUAAAUACGGCGGCAAAAUCCUCUCUGAAGUUGCCUGCGAAUCCACCGAAAGCUGCAACAAUAAUGAAAUCUGGCUCAAGGGUGCCACCGUCCAAGAUCUCGCUAUGGCUGCCUUAGUCGCACCUUACACGGCAUCCGACAUCAUGCCUCUGCUACAGGGAUCUGCAGUGGGCGCCGCGAAGUCAUGUACCGGCGACAAGAACAACACUGAAUGUGGUGUGAAAUGGUACGCAGCUUAUGAUGACUCCGACGGCAUGCCCAGCCAGCUCAGCGCUACCAGUCUCUUCACUGCGAAUCUUGUCUCAUUUAGCAAGAAAGCUGCCAGUGUCCAGUCGGCGUCUACGAAUACGACUUCGGUCACCUCGACUGGAUCCGCCAAUGGUACUGACCCGGGCAGUUCCAGCAGUGCUGGAGCGACGCAGACUGGUACGAAUGCAGCCAGUGUGCUUGUCGUUGGCCCGGUCGCUUUUGUCGCGGCUGUUAUUGCCGGUGCCGUUGCCUGGCUCUGA